GGUGUGGUAGGGUCCGCAGGGAGCCGUUGAGAGUCCCAGAAUGAGAACACCCGACAAGCGCAAGAUAAAAGAUUGAGAGAGAGUGCCGACUCGUUACUCUGUCGGACAAGAUCGUUCAGGACUAUGUGAAUACUACCCUCAAACACUUGUGAAAGCGAAAAAGAAAUGGCGAUCGACCACAUGAGCCACAGUCGCUUCCUCUCUGUCCGGCGGCCGAUGCGGACAUGACACCGAAGUACCAGCUCACCAACGCCAGCCACGAGGCGGGGAUUCCGACGGUCGAGAUGGUGCUGCAGCGGCUGGACCCGCGCGUGCGCACGGCCGCCGACGGCUCCCCCGUCGUCUCGCGCCGGGCCAAGGACGUCUGCCGUCUCGAGCACCGCAAGCCGAUGCCCCUGAUGGGGAUCCCCGCCGAGAUCUGGCUGGAGCCGCCGACGAGGAAGGCCGUGGGCACCAUCCGGAUCAAGCGCAGCCCCACCUUCCACUCCAGGUACCGCGCGCUGCGGGUGCGGUCCGACGCCGAGAUCAGGGCGCUGCAGCACCGGGGCGUCAAGGUCAAGAAGGGGGAAGGGGAAUAACAUCCCCGUGCUGAGUCGGACCCAAAUUCUCUCCGUCUUUCACCUAUUAGCUGACAUAACAUCCCACGCGUUCAAGGAGAAGGUUGUUUUGUCAUCCUUACAAACACACCAUGCCACCCUGGACCCGGACGCACGCGCAACAUGAGUUCAAUGAAAAACACACAGCCUGCCUUUGGACCUCUGGUGCGAGACCUGCGCCUACCUCGCCAUCGCCAACGCCAGCGCCCUGCGACGCCGACGACGAACGACGUUGGCACACCGCUUUGUCCUUCGCGAACUGUUGUUCUUCAAUGGCGCCCGCGAAUGCUGCGACCGCGUCCGCGCCAUCCCCCGAGACCCUGCCAAGACACAGGAGCCGCCCAAGGAGCGUCACACUCCGACUCGGGAGGGGUGGAAGUCGUUCGCCAGCAGCUCAAACCCGAUCACGGCCACAUCGUGAUAUGGUAGGUUCUCAAGGCCGAGGUGAGGAUCCUAUCGUGGCGCUGCCUCUGGUACCUCCGUGUGAAAGGCUCCUGCCACAAUCUCCAUCUGUUUACCAGCCUCGAUUGACAGGGCAUGCGGAGCGAGAUCCGCGAGGUGCUCAAUGUGAGAAUGCUGUACUGCUUUCGACGCCUCUUGCGGCAAGGAAGGCCGCUGGUAGUUGUUUAACGACCCCUUUACCGACUUUGCUGGAGCUCCCAGAAAGCUUGCGGCCCUUCGGCAGCAGAUGGCUGAUGGAGGAUGACCUAUGCUAUCUAUGUCCAAGUAUGUGCUCCUGGGAAGCGCAUAGAUAGACUGCUGCUAUCAGAUCACCAAGUAUCUCCGAGCCUCUGUGAACAGAAGGCUAGCACCUGGAUCUUCAAUACUAGACUGUAACUGACAAACUUCGCUGGGUAAUUAAUAGUCCAGCAUAUAAGAUCUUUAAUGAUCACUUAAUUAAUAGUGCUGGCUUGAGCUGUGUUAUCUUCUUAUGAGUUCCAUUGUUGAUCCC